GCUGCCACUGUUCUCAAGCACGGGAAGUAUCGCUCGGUGGUCCCGCCUCAUCAUGGCAGCUGUCGCUACAGGAGAGACGGAGUCUCUGGGCCCCGGUGGCGAGUUGCCGCCCUGUCAGGAGACGGAGGUAGUGCAGGACAGCCCCACAGACAAACAGGAGAGCAACAGUCGUGAGCCAAACAUGGUUGACUCGCUGGCAGAGGCCGGGGAAGAGAAGCCCGUAGCUGCUGCAGAGGAGGCCGCGGACGAGGCGGCAGAAGAUGCUGCUCCAGCGGCCAACCUGGAGGUGGCCGCCUCCAAAGAGCCAGAGGUCAACAUUCCUUCGGAAGAGAGUGAAAGUGCAACCAAAGAAGCGAAAGCGGAGCCCGCUGAAGAGAACCGGUGCUUGGUGGUCGAGUGUGAGAAGAGCAAGGCGGGCAGUGAUGAGGCUGACAAACCCAGCAGCGGCAGCGCGGAGCUGGGCGACAAGAGGCGUCCGAGCGUGGAGAUGUCAUCCUCGGACGGAGAGCCUCUGAGCCGCAUGGAUUCUGAAGACAGUAUUAGCAGUACCUUGAUGGAGAUGGAGAGCACUGUGUCCAGUGGACGCUCCACACCUGCCAUGAUGAACGGACACAGCAGUGGCGCUUCCUCUGGUGUGAAGACGGUGGCCUAUGCUUGCUGUUGGGAUCUGUGUCCGCAGUACUUCAACUCUAGUCCUGAUCUGGCUGAGCACAUUAGAGGCAUUCAUGUGGAUGGACAGAGAGGAGGGGUGUUUGUGUGUCUGUGGAAAGGCUGCAAAGUGUAUAACACUCCGUCCACCAGUCAGAGUUGGCUGCAGAGACACAUGCUAACUCACAGUGGAGACAAGCCCUUCAAGUGUGUGGUUGGUGGAUGCACUGCUAGCUUUGCAUCUCAGGGAGGACUGGCUCGCCAUGUUCCCAGCCACUUCAGCCAGCAGAGCUCGUCCAAACUGUCGAGUCAGGCCAAACUCAAAGAGGAGUCGCCAUCGAAAGCUGGCCUCAACAAGAGGAAGAAACUCAAAAACAAACGCAGGUGCUCCCUACCGAGGCCCCACGACUUCUUUGAUGCCCAAACUAUGGACGCUAUCCGGCACCGGGCAAUCUGCCUGAACCUGGCCACUCACAUUGAGGGAGUGGGCAACGGGCACAGCGUGGUCUUUCACAGCACGGUUCUGGCACGGAGGAAAGAGGGUACAGGGAAAGUGAAAGUCCUUCUACAUUGGACACCUGAGGACAUUGGUGGCUCAGUGGAGGUGAACAUUGGUACCAGCUCUUUCAAAGAGUCGUCUGGAAUGCUUCAGUGCGGUUCUGCUGAAAAGAUUUUUAGAGCUUGAGUGCACAGACUUGAUGGUGUUCAGGGAGCGGAGUAAAGCCCACAUGCUAAUAACAAGAAGAAUGUGGACCAACGAGGGAGAAAGUCCAUCACACUGUUAAUGUACAUGAGAUUGGGCUGUGUGGUGAAAGAUAAAAAGGAUAUGGUGAACAAAGUGGUUAAACAAGCUUGAAUCCUGACGUGUUGACGUUCACUUUAACAAAAUAAUAAAAAAAAAAGUAGAAUGUUUGUUCUGAACACUUCAAUGCCUCUUCCUGUCAUCCAUCCUCCUCUUCUUUCUUUCCUCCUUCUCUGAUCCACCUCUGCUGUAUCCUUCCUGCCCCGUGUGUGGGAGUUUAAUCUGGCGCCUAGAGAAGUAAUGAGGGGGAGAAAAAUGAAGUUUCGAAUUAAUCCGGAGAGUCUUCCCUCAUGAACUAACAGUGAGACAUGGAUGGAGAUUUAUGGUUAGACUAGAAAACAUAGUGGGUAAAUAUGUGAGGAAAAACAAGUCAAGUAAAUGACAGCAGGCGGUUAGUGCCCAGUUCCAAUGAAGGGACGGGCAAGAUACUCUCAUGAGCACAUAGGCCAGUGCAAGAAACAGAAUUUAUUUUCUGUUUAUCAAUUUGUUGGUUGUAUUUUGGGGAUUGAUGCAAAGUGGUUUGGGUCGUAUUUAUUCAAACUUUGAUAAAAUUGCUCCAGUCACUUCCUUAAUCCUGGUGAGAUUCUGUACCAGCUGAAACCCUGGUCUAGCGAGGAAAAUGCCUAGAAUAUGUGCUAUGUGGGGUGACUAGACCUGAUGCUUCCCCCUGGUGAGGUGCUCCCAACGUGCUCUUCCAGGGCGAGGUCUCCCUUUUGGAUACCAGGCCUUUCAGGUGUCAUAUGACAUAAUACUGAAACCAAAUACGCAUCACUAGUGAUGGGUUGCUGAGGUUUCGAAACAGCUAUUACAAUGAAACCUCACAUCAUUUUCAAACCAAGUGCGCCAUCUGGUGGCCUCUGAAAAUGAGGACACCAUUUGAUCAACCUGCAAUACUGUUUCAUGAUGCCUCACCUAACCCAUCACUGUGCAUCAUAUUUUCUACUUGCUAACCACUUCAUGUGCACCUCGUAAUAUAGUCGACAAGCACUCAAGUACACAUGUUAAAGGGCCACAAUUUUUCUUUUUUCAACAAGUCAACAGUCUGUUAAUUGAGGUUUUCAGGUGAUAUGAUGUACUACUCCAAACGUCUGCCCUUUCAUCUUUGUCUAGCUUAUUUGCACUGUCCACUUUUCCUUUAGCAUUGAACUUUGAACUUGUCAUCUUUUUCAGUAAUGCUGGCGUGAAUGCGUGCUGUACAUUUGGAUGUCAGUUAUUCAAACAAUACAAUCACUGUUCAACAGUUUUACUGAAAGAAAGUCUAAUGACAUAACUGGAAUUUUCAACAUUGUAACAUGCUAAGAACACUUCAUGUUGUGACUAAACAAAGUGAGAUGAGAAAUGUGAACUGUCAAUCAGUCUACAUAUUUACGAUCAUGAACCUUCACCCUGGACUUGUAUUGUUUUUUUGCCUGGCUUUUUAGCUGGGUCUGGGUAGUUUGAGUUGAGCAGCCUGAUGGUCUUAUUUUAGCAAGACUUUAGUGAAAACUAUGUAAAAAAAAAUCCCAAACUAGCCUUCUGACUUAAAUAAAAUAGUUUCCCAACUAUUUUCCCUCCUUAAUAAACACUUAAUAAAUCAUGCUGCAGCACUCAUCCCUGUUUGUCUUGUUCCUUCUCAGUGAACUCAUUGCUGAAACGUGUGCACUUUGCAUUGUUUUUUAACCUUCAAUAUGCAUGUGCAUAUCGUAGAUGUUGGCUUCUCUUCUUUCAGAUGGUAUUUGAUUUGUUUACAUAGGCCUUCGAGGAGUCAUUUAAAGUCAUUUAAAACGCGCUUGUCAAAUCAUGUUGUCAGCGCACUAUUGUCAGUCGAGGGAUAACUGGUCAGGAGCCAUAAAUAAUCCGCUGGGGCAGCCAAUUGCGGGUCCUAUUGAGGGACUAGGAUGUGAAAUAUUUGCAUAAGCCUUGUCAGACGCGUCAAACGCCCUGGCACAGUCUUUUUAUUUCUAAAGGCAUUUUGGCUAGCUUCUGGUGGGCCUGUUACUAUUUCCCUGUUGAGACAUGUAACAUUGCGAUUCAUUGCGACUCCCCACACCAAGGUCAAUCUGUAGUGCGGAACUCAGUGAACAUGCCCGCUGCUCGCCCACCAGAUCAAUUAUUAGCCCGGUGAAUGUGGGAAGACAUGUUUAUUAAUACUCAAGCCCGCCAGUCACUUUCUGCCUGACACUCAUUAACUCCAUUUGGAUUAAUCACUAACUGACAAAUGGUGAACCACAGAUCGGGGUGAACGCUGUGGGUGGUGAUGGAGGGUGAGUCUGAAAACCAAAACGGCAUGUUUUUAAAUAAAUGGUUAAGAAAUGUUUUGAGUGUUUUACGUACAUUCAAUUUCACAUGUCCAAAUGUCACUGAGGAGUCUGAGAAUGGAACAGCCUUACUAGCUUUUAUAAGAGCUUUUAUAGUGUCUCUCAGCAGGACAUACUACUUGAAUAACUCGUGGUUUCAGUCAUUGUCAGAAGGAUGUUUAAUAACAUUACCUCGUAUUUAAGACAAAGCCCUAGCCACCCUGCUCAGGAAAGCCAUUUUUUUUAACCUGAAGAAAUGAAAUAUAUUGACGCAUAAAAGUCUUAUAUCCAGGAUCACUAUUUCGGUGAAAGUUCUGUCUAUGCCUUGUUAGUAAACUUUCCUCAGAGAUAUGAAAAUAAACAUAAUUCCUGUGACAGUAAACACUUCGCUCCAAGCAGGAGUUGAUAAUCGUGUGAAUAAAAAGUUGCUUACCAUCUGAGGGUGGGUUAUCUAUGUGUGUCUUAAUAUGAACUCCAUUUAUAUUAAAAUUGGGAUUUGUCCCCUUGAGAUUUGGGAUGACACGACGAUCACUGCGCAACACUUUCCAAGCCAUAAGAAACUCCUUAACUGAACUGUGACCAUUAGUUCACCAGUCUGAAAUUGAGUAGAAAAGUGAUUCAGGAGUCAUGAAGUCUCAGUAUUUUUCCUUGGCAGGGUUUGCUGCCACUGACCUUUGCAAGGAACUGAAUCAGCCGCACUCUCUCCUCCGCACAGUGGAAUCAUGCUGGUUGAAGACCUGACACUUCGCAACUAUUUUUUUAAAAGUUACUAACCGAAUUUGACACGUUUUGCUGUGGCCUGAAGUAAAAAUAGAAAGGGUCAUCUGUGCUUCUGGCCAUGACUUGCUUUGGUAGUCAAGUGGAUAUUUAGGAUUCGCCUUUGUAGUUAACUUCAUUGCUGUUUAAAGUAACUCAUCUCUAAUUCUCCUCAUUUAUUUUUCUGUCCGCUCUUACCAAAACAUUUUGUUUCUCAGGAAAACAGAAGGGUAGAAUUUCACUUUGCUUUUUUUUUUUUUUUUUUUGUUUUGUCCUCCAAAACCUCUACAUCCAAAUCUUCGCUGGCUGUAUUUAAAAUCAUAUAUUUAAAAGAGAUUUUGUAGUUGCAGCCUUAUAUGCAUGACCAUUGCGCCCCCUUAAUUGACAGAGCCAAUUUAUUAUUAUUAUUAUUUUUUU